AUGCCAUUGAAUGAAUCCUCCAAGCGCAAUUCCCUUGUGAGAUCCAUCAGUCUUCGGCUAUCGCGACGUAACAGCGAUAGUGUUUCAUCACUUGCAAGUGAACUUGAUAGUAUCAACAGCCGACGAGCAUCAGGCGUGUUCCAGAAUGACAUUGCAUCAGGUAGCAAGCAAAGUGAGCAUGAUAGCAAGGGCAAGUCUCGAGCUGUGGAAGAAGAAAUUGAUAAUUCAAGGGAUCCUCCUUCAACACCAACAACACCUCUUUCUCCGCAUUCCCAUACGUUACCACGCGAUCACUCCAAUGCUGAACAACAACAAUACAACAACUUGCUCGACAUUAAGCCGCCACCGCGUUCGCUUAUGACACUGAAUCGUGCACAAGUCAUUAUCGACCGAUUGGAAGGAUGGCUAUUGACAUUGAGAGAAAUUUCAAUAUGGCUUGAGGAAGCUGCCAAGAUCAACAUGCAGAGUAGUCAGGCCUAUUACCACCGUGCAUUGGAACAUGUCGAUUGGUCGGAUACUCGUCGUGUCCCUCGUGGAUCAGCUUUAUCCACUAUGGUGGGCAGUCUUCGUUUCUUAACGGCACAAGUUGCUUCACGACAACACGAGGCAGCAGAGAAAAUGCAACGUGAAUACCUUGGUCAACUCGAUGUGCUACGCAAAGAAUGCAAAAUGAGGCUCAACGACUUGGUGAACAAUGGCUCAUUGCGUAUGGAUGAACUUGUCAAGCGUGCUGAAACGACACGCAAACACAUGUUGCUACUCGACAAACUUUGCCAAGCAGCUGAUAUGACUCAAGGCCAAGUUGCUAACGAUCCAUGGCUUGAGAAUCUCCUUGUAUUGUGUUCGUUGAAAAGAGAGCUCGAUGAAGACAAUCGUUUGCGGCUUCUUAUGAUCACGAUCCAGCAUCAAAUGGCAGAAUUGGAAAGGAGGAUUAUUCAGGCUCUGGCACCAGCUAUUCAAUACUGUUACAACCUUUAUGUUGGCGAAUUAGGCAACAGCCGAGCAAAGAAUGACCUUGCACGCUACAAGCAGCUUGUUGACAAUCUCGAUCCACUAAAAGAAUGGAGGAAAUUUAUGGACAAUGAAAGCGAUCUCAUUGUGGAUGACACCAAUGUUACAAGGAACCAUUUGGAGAUCAAAUACAACAAUAUGGCACAUCCGGCAGUGAUGACACUUUACAAAGGCACGUUGUAUCGACAGCUGGGAGGUGUGCGUAACAAGACCGUCGAGCGAUACUGUGUCCUUACACAAUGUGGUUUCUUGCAUGAGUUUAGCGUUGACGGCAAAAUCCAUCCCGAGAUAUCCAUUUACGUUCCGAAGACGACCAUCAUCCCAUCCAUCGACAUCAGCUAUCUUGCACAGCAUCCAGAUGAUACAACGAAUGAUGUUGGGAGCAAUUACACCAUCCGAAUUUUACGAUCACCUGGUGGAUUACAACGAGAGAAAUCGUAUCUCUUCCUUGUCAACACGCGACUAGAAAUAUUGGAAUGGGGUCGAGCGCUAGUGGAUGUGGCGACGAGACACAAAAAAGGAUCGCCUUCUUGGAAGCGAAUCAAAAGAAGGAGCACAACCAUGGAACCUAAAUCUUCGUAUCCAGUAAUGAUGGUGGAUGGAAAUGGGCUUAGGCGAUCUGCAACACAACCACAUGCGAGAAGAGACCUUGAAAAGCCUACAGUAUCAGAGCGCAGAGCGAGUAUACCACAUAUCACUCAAAAAGCACAAUCAUAUCACGAUGACAAAGAGGACAAUGAAUCAGAGGAAAGAAAAGAAUCAACCGAAAAGGAGAGGAACAAUACAACACAGCAUCAAGCCUUCCAUGAAGCAUCCAGUGAAGAUGAUACACAAGGGAACAAUGACGACCAUUCAAAGGGUGAUCCAUGUGCGAUGAAUACUAUGAAUCCAAGGGAUACGCAUGAUGCAACAAACCUGAGUCUCAAUGAUCGCUCUACUGCACCAGAAGAUUCAAUGAAGGAGAAACCAAACGCCAACAAUGAGCCCACUAAGCCAGCUUUGCCAGAGGAUGAUACUGGAAGAUGCUAUAUGCCUCAACUACGACAUAACAGCAUAGAGCAAUCAAGUAGCAAGGAUGGAUAG